UCCCAGGGUCCGGUGCGGACGCACCGAGGCGUGACUGGGAAGCGCGAAGGAAGACCUCAGGGUCCGGGUCUUGCUUCCCCCGCCCGCGAGCCGAAGAGGUGCCAUGGGCCGGAUCACAGAAGAUCUUAUUAGACGGAAUGCUGAACACAAUGACUGUGUAAUUUUUUCCCUGGAGGAACUCUCCUUGCAUCAGCAAGAAAUAGAAAGGCUAGAACACAUUGACAAAUGGUGCCGGGAUUUAAAAAUCCUCUAUCUUCAAAAUAACCUCAUUGGAAAAAUUGAAAAUGUUAGCAAACUAAAGAGACUUGAAUAUUUGAAUUUAGCUUUAAACAACAUCGAAAAAAUUGAAAAUUUGGAAGGAUGUGAAGGGCUGACAAAACUCGACCUGACCGUAAAUUUCAUUGGAGAGCUGAGCAGCAUUAAAACCCUUCAGCACAAUAUCCACCUGAAGGAGCUGUUUCUCAUGGGUAACCCAUGUGCUGACUUUGAUGGUUACAGGCAGUUCGUGGUGGCGACUCUUCAACAACUAAAGUGGUUGGACGGUAAGGAAAUAGAGCGAUCAGAAAGGAUUCAGGCAUUGCAGAAUUUUCCAGUAAUUGAACAACAAAUCGGAGAGCAAGAGAGAGCUUACUGCCUCAGACGAGCCAAAGACAAGGAAGAGGCUCAGAGGAACCUGCGAGAAGAGGAGGGAAAUGAAGCCAAGGGGAGAAGUUACCCAGGCUUUGAAGGAUGGAGCCCAUUUUCUGUAGAGAGCAAAGACCACAUCCAGGCACCAGAAGGACAAGAAGGGGAAUGCAACCAAAAGAAGUUCAAGGACAGCGAAGAUGACCUGGAAUUCUGGAACAAGCCCUCUUUGUUUACUCCUGAAUCUCGAUUGGAAACACUUAGGCAUAUGGAAAAACAACGGAAAGACCAAGAAAAAUUAAGUGAAAAGAAGAAGAAAGUGAAACCACCCAGGAUUUUGAUCACUAAAGAUGGGAAAGCCUUGAAUGUAAAUGAUCCCAAACUUGACUUCUCCUUGAAAGAUGAUGAAAAACGUAACCAGAUCAUCCUGGACCUUGCUGUCUAUAGGUAUAUGGACACCUCUUUGAUCGAUGUUGAUGUGCAGCCGACUUAUGUCCGAGUCAUGGUCAAAGGAAAGCCAUUCCAGCUUGUCCUUCCUGCAGAAGUCAAGCCUGACGGCAGCUCUGCCAAACGAUCUCAGACGACAGGGCAUUUGGUGAUCUGCAUGCCCAAGGUAGAUGGAGUAAUCACAGGUUGGAGACAAACAUCAAAGCCUGGGGAAAGUACCUUGGACAGCAGCAGAGAGCACACAAACCAAAGAAGCAAGCAAAUUGAGAAACUAGAAGUAGAUCCUAGCAAGCAUUCCUUCCCUGAUGUGGCUAACAUAGUUCAAGAGAAAAAACACAGGCCUCGAAGAGUUCAGUCUGAACCCAAAAUUACAGCAAGUGAGGAAGAUCCCGACUUUGAAGAUAACCCUGAAGUGCCUCCAUUGAUUUGAAACAUCAGGCUGCAUCGAUGGACCCACCAGACCCAGUUCUGUUCAUUGCAGAGUGUGCGCAGACCAUUUAUGGUAAACACAGAGUUAUUUAUCAAUAUUACUACUCCAGUGUUUUAGCUUCUACUUUAUACAGUAAUAUUCUUAAACUAGUUUAAAAUUCAAAUGUACACCUUAAAAUGCUAUAACUCAUUUGUCUAUAAUAAAAUGCUCCUAGUGCAAA